CUGCUGGAAACUACACGACGGACGGACUGACGGACAGAGAGAUUCCUGUUGUAGGUUGCUCACGUCGCUGCAGCCUCUUCCCCGCAUUUUAUGAAAACGGACAGCGAGAGUUCAGCCGCUCCACAGAGGUUUGUGGUGCUCCUCUUUAGAGUUUCCUGCUGUUACAUGGUUACACAGAGCUGAAGGCAAGAGCGCACAGUUUACUGAAGCCACCUGUCAGGAUUUAUGGAUCAAAGCUUUUGCUCCACAGAGAGGGUGUUGAAGAUGGCAGUGUGGAUCCAGGCCCAGCAGCUCCAGGGAGAUGCUCUGCACCAGAUGCAGUCUCUGUACGGUCAGCACUUCCCCAUUGAGGUGCGACAUUAUCUGUCCCAGUGGAUAGAGAGCCAGCUCUGGGAUGCUAUAGACCUGGAGAACCCACAGGAGGAGUUCAAGGCAAAGCGCCUGCUCGACAGUCUGAUUCAGGAGCUGCAGAACAAGGCUGAGCACCAAGUUGGAGAGGACGGCUUCCUUCUCAAAAUCAAACUUGGACACUACGCCAGCCAGCUCAAGAGCACGUAUGACCGCUGUCCUCUGGAGUUGGUCCGAUGCAUCAAACACAUCCUCUACACAGAGCAGAGGCUCGUCAGAGAGGCCACCAAUUCGAGCUCUCCGGUGGGCGGGAUGAUGGACAGCAUGUCUCAGAAAUACCAACAGAUCAACCAAGCUUUUGAGGAGCUUCGACUGUUGACCCAGGACACUGAGAACGAUCUGCGCAAGCUCCAGCACAACCAGGAGUACUUCAUCAUCCAGUACCAGGAGAGCCUGCGCAUCCAGGCUCAGCUGACCAGCCUGGCCACGCUGCCCCCUGCUGACCGACAGCUACGGGAGCCCGCCCUUCUCAGCAAGAGAGCCACUGUGGAGGCAUGGUUGACCAGAGAAGCCAACACACUACAGAAAUACAGACUGGACCUCGCGGAGAAGCACCAGAAAACACUGCAGCUGUUGAGGAAGCAGCAGACCAUCAUUCUGGAUGACGAGCUGAUCCAGUGGAAGAGACGGCAACAGCUGGCAGGCAACGGGGGCCCGCCGGAGGGAGGCCUGGACAUCCUGCAGUCCUGGUGUGAGAAGCUGGCAGAAACUAUCUGGCAAAACAGGCAGCAGAUCCGGAGAGCAGAGCACCUCAGACAACAGCUGCCCAUCCCCGGCCCCAUCGAAGAGCUCCUCAACGAACUCAACAGUACUAUCACAGAUAUCAUCUCAGCCUUGGUCACCAGCACCUUCAUCAUUGAGAAACAGCCUCCACAGGUGCUAAAAACCCAAACCAAGUUUGCCGCUACAGUGCGCCUUCUAGUGGGCGGGAAACUGAACGUGCACAUGAACCCUCCGCAGGUGAAAGCCACCAUCGUUAGUGAACAGCAAGCCAAGGCCCUGCUGAAGAACGAGAACACAAGGAAUGACAGCAGUGGAGAGAUUCUCAACAAUAACUGUGUGAUGGAGUACCACCAGACUACAGGCACUCUCAGCGCCCACUUCAGGAACAUGUCUUUGAAGAGGAUCAAGCGAUCGGACAGGCGAGGAGCAGAAUCCGUCACCGAAGAGAAGUUCACCAUUCUGUUCGAGUCUCAGUUUAGUGUCGGAGGCAACGAGCUUGUCUUUCAAGUGAAGACGUUAUCACUUCCUGUAGUGGUCAUAGUUCACGGUAGCCAAGACAAUAACGCCACAGCAACUGUACUGUGGGACAACGCUUUUGCAGAGCCGGGACGGGUGCCUUUCCUCGUGCCAGAUAAGGUGCUCUGGCCUCAACUGUGUGACGCCAUCAACAUGAAGUACAAGGCUGAGGUGCAGAGUAACCGAGGCCUGUCUGAGGAGAACCUGGUCUUCCUGGCUCAAAAGGCCUUCAGCAGCUCCAGCAGCAGUCCGGACGACUACCGCAACAUGACUAUGACUUGGUCACAGUUUAACAGGGAAAGCUUGCCAGGGAGGAACUUCACAUUUUGGCAGUGGUUCGAUGGCGUGAUGGAACUCACAAAAAAGCAUCUCAAACCACACUGGAAUGACGGAGCCAUAUUAGGCUUCGUGAACAAGCAGCAGGCUCAGGACAUGCUGAUGUCCAAACCCAACGGUACUUUCCUUCUGCGCUUUAGUGACUCUGAGAUCGGAGGAAUCACAAUUGCCUGGGUGGCAGAAAAUCCUAACAAAGCAGGUGAGAGAAUGGUUUGGAACCUCAUGCCGUACACAACCAAAGACUUCUCCAUCCGCUCUCUGGCUGACCGCAUCAGCGAUCUCAAUCACCUCCUGUUCCUCUACCCCGACCGACCCAAGGAUGAGGUGUUCUCCAAAUAUUACACCCCGCCACUCUCCAAAGCAGUGGACGGCUACGUGAAACCGCAAAUCAAGCAAGUGGUGCCCGAGUUUACUACAACCAAUCCAGACCCAGCAAGUGGGAAUCCAACCUAUAUGGAUCAUGGCGCCUCCCCAGCACCUGUCAAUCAUCCUCACACCUACGGCAUAUACCCACCUAUGAGUGAAUCUAUGUUGGAUGCGGACGGAGACUUUGACCUGGACGACACCAUGGAUGUGGCGAGGCAUGUAGAGGAGCUCCUUCGGCGGCCUGUAGAGAGCCAGUGGGGCGGCCAACAGUCCUGACCCUUGACCUUUUAAUCCGCGACAACACCAAACAAACCCUGCCUCCCAACUUGCCCCACUCGCAUUGACAUUUCUCAUGGUUUAAUUCCAUUAAUUUCUCUUUUCUUUUUCAGAUAGCUAUUAUGUGAACUGUUAAUAAUGGUUGUGAUUUUUUUUUUCUUCUGUUCAGCAUGAGAGCAUGCAUGUCAGUGACUUCUCUUAGUUUUAUUUGUGUCCAUAAGUGUUUGUAAAACAGACUAGGUGUAAAGCAAAACCUGCAAUGUUACAAUAUUGUGAAAAAGAAAAGAAAAGGUAAUGUUCAUUCACGUCGUGCAUGCAUUUUCAAUUGAUUUUAAAAAUAUGCCACCGUAUGAAGUCAGUUUAACAGUUGAAUGAUUUCAUUUUGUUAUGUUUUCUGCUUUGUACAUGGGUUAUCAGUAUUUUGAUAGUGACAUUGAACUUGCCCCUUUGACAAAAAAAAGAAAGAAAUAGUAAUGAAGAGUUUUGCUCUUAACAACAUAAUCGGAGUCAUUGCUCUGCAGAGUUACUGUCCUGUUUAUUUCAAAUCCGUAUACACUAACCUAAAGGCAGAGUGACCCUCUUUGCUUUCUGCAACUGGCAGCACACACAUCAGCACACGGUACACAUGCGUAAGUGUGCAAUGUAUUUAUCUGAUUUGUUCACCAGCUGAAACAGGGGGGUUCACGCACCUCCCUCGCUCCCACAAAGCUAUUUAUCUUCUGUUUGUUCACAGAAAUGCAAAUUCAAGUAUUUACCCGGCGCUGCCUGCUUGUCCUCUCAGGUCCCUCUGUUCCCCUCAUCAAUGCUACCUCGCAUUAUUCUACUGACAGUCGUUGUAUACUAUUGGUUCUGUUAUUGUUUCUGCACCACAUUCACACCAGUAGGUACGGCCAUUAGGUUUUUGUUUUUGUGAUUUGCGUUUUUAUGUGUGAAGAAGAUCUCCUCUGUUCGCUCUUUUAUGCUUGAAGCCAUAUGAAGUGUUACAUGUCUGGUCGGUAGUCCUGAAUAUUCGGCUCCCUUCUGACUUUUCUGCCUGUCCGUCACACUUGUGUCCCCCGAACCUGUGUCAUGACACUGUGUGCAAAGCCUGCGCGCGCGAGUCUCCGUGCGACAACAUGUGCGCACCAGCAGCUGAAGUUGCAGUGCGCACCAGCAGCUGAAGUUGCAGGACAUGCACAGUAGAUGAAUAGUUGCACGCUUCUGAAUGCUCUGCACGGACUCAGCAGCCACGCGAGGAGCUCAAGGAUGCAAGGUGUCAUGUCAGUUUCUUCGUCGGGCUUCUGUUAUUGGUCAAGAUUAGUUGUCAUUGUGCGUCCCCCUUGUCGCUACACAUAAGAUAUACCUAGUAGAGAAGGAUGAGACUAUUACCCAGCUCCCUCCACACACGCACGCACGCACACACGCACACGAUGCUGAAAAGAAAAUAUGUCAACAGCCUUACACCUCAGGAAUGAAUCGCUUUGCUUAGUGAUGUAUAAGCCAAAUAGAAAAGAUCAAUGUAUACAGAAUAUAUGAAUUUAUUUUGUCUAUCAUAAUUCUAUUUUACUAUUGUUUCUCUGGCACUCCCCCUCUUGAAUGUACCCCCCUUUGCAUGACCCUGUUGAGGAUAUCCGUACGUACAAAUACGUCCUCAGUCCGAGCAGAAGUGUCUCGUCUCGUAUCGCAAGAAGUUCCAAAAGGACACGGAGCAACUGGAAGUCACAAAAGAAUUUAUGAUGUACUUUUGUGUUUGUCCGACAGACAUAACAGUAUUAAAGAUAUUCCCUUGUUUAUCUUUUCAUUUCUUCCUCACAUUUUAUUUUUGUAUCUUGCUUUCGUCCCUUGUUUUCUGAAAUCUCAAGCUACUUGUGAUAUAUGAACAUGAUGAACACGAUGAACAUGAUUCUCAUCAUUUUAAAGCUUUGUUCCACUGUAGACUGUGUAUUUCUUUGUUUCUGAUGAUGUAGAUGGCGCUGUGUGCUGUUUGAUGUUUGUACCAUGUUUGUGGUUCGGGUUUAUCACUUGAAGCUUUUCCAAGAGAAAAAACAGCUGUUGAGUUGAAAAGAGGAAAAAAAAAUAAAGUUUUAUAAAUAAUUUUAACUCAACCUGUAGAAGUACAAACGAUUUUGAUGUCACUACAAAAAUAAAUGCUAUUUUUUUUAAUGUG